AUGAGCAACCAAGACGUGGCACACGCUGCCAACCAACAUGUCGCCGAUCCCAGAUGGGACGCGAACAUGGAAAGGCCUGAAUCUCCAUCGGGAUUUUCAAUUUCCAAUUGCAAGACUAUGAAAGACGUGAGAGAAGCCGAGCAUCAGAUCGCCACUGCGGGAGAAGCGAAAUACAAGCGUCUCGGAUGGAAGCAGUUGACUCUGAUGUUGAUCGUCGAGGCCGUUGCACUUGGAGCACUAUCCAUCCCUCAGGCAUUUGCAACCCUGGGCAUGGUCACCGGAGUUAUCUGCUGCGUUGGCAUUGGCCUCAUUGCGAUCUACACGUCGAUGAUCAUCGGCCAGGUCAAGCUUGCCUAUCCUUCAGUGCAGCAUUAUGGAGAUGUCGGCACUUUGCUGAUGGGCAGAUUCGGCUACGAGCUCUUCUCGUCCAUUUUUGUGAUACAGCUCCUCUGUGUCAUUGGCUCACACUGCCUUACUGGAACUAUUGCGCUCGCCGAUAUCACACAGAGCAGUGUCUGCUCUCUGGUGUUCGGUAUCGUGACGGCCGUUAUUCUCUUCCUACUCGCGCUCCCUUCAUCCUUUGCCGAUAUCACGAUUCUCGGCUACAUUGACUUUGCCUCUAUUAUCAUUGCCAUUGGUAUCACGAUCAUUGCCACGGGUAUUCAAGGGACCAACUCUCCCGGUGGCCUAAGCUCUGUGCCUUGGACUGCCCUGCCUAAAGAGAACGUGACGUUCAGCGAAGCCUACGUCGCCAUUGGCGAUAUCGUGUUUGCAUAUUCGUUCGCGACCUGCCAGUUCUCAUUUAUGGAGGAAAUGCACACGCCGAAGGACUUUACUAAAUCAAUCUGGGCACUGGGUUUACUUGAGAUCACCAUUUACACCAUCACCGGGGCUACGAUCUAUGCAUUCGUUGGCCCAGGUGUCCAAUCUCCGGCGCUUCUCUCCGCUGGGGACACUGUUAGUAGAAUUGCCUUUGGCGUGGCCUUACCCGUUAUUUUCAUCUCGGGUUCGAUCAACUCGAUCGUGACUGGGCGAUUACUGCAUAGUCGAGUCUACAAGGACAGCGUUCUCCGAUAUGUCAAUACGCCCAAGGGCUGGAUGACGUGGGUCGCCUUCAUUGCAGUUAUCACCAUUCUAGCAUGGGUGAUUGCUGAAGCUAUUCCCUUCUUCUCGGACUUGCUAUCUAUUGUUGCCUCCCUGUUUACGUCCGGCUUCUCCUUCUAUCUGCCUCCUAUCAUGUGGCUGGUGCUUCUUCGCAAGGGCAAGUUGACAUCAGGAAAGAACCUGAUUCUUGCCAUUGUCAACAGCCUGGUAUUCCUGUUUGGUCUGGCGGUGCUGGUUUGUGGAUUAUACUCCAGCAUUGAUGAUAUAAGAAAACAAUAUCGAACCGGAAAUAUUGGGCGUCCUUUCAGCUGCGCACAGACGUAA